AUUAAAGCAGGAUAAUCCUCCGCGAUGCUGCGACAGAAACAGUGCUGAACGGAGCUGACAUGCGGCUCCGCUGUGGGCCGGUAACGGCGGCUUUAACGGGGGUUUCACGAGACCGAGCUGAGCGCGUGCUGAAUCCGGUCCAGAGCAGACAUGCAGUCAGACGAGGGAACGGAGUGGCUCAUGGAACUGCUCACAGACGUGCAGCUGCAGCAGUAUUUCCUGCGAAUCCGAGAUGAGCUCAAUGUCACUCGGCUCUCUCACUUCGACUACGUGAAGACCGAAGACCUGGAGAAGAUCGGCAUGGGGCGGCCAGGUCAGCGGCGUCUGUGGGAGGCAGUGAAGAGACGCAGAGCGAUGUGUAAACGCAAGUCAUGGAUGAAGGUUUUCACAGGUAAGAGACCGGAGACAGAGACUCAAACGGGAGUGACGUUUGAGGAUUUGUCGCCCUGCAGCAUUCGGGCUGAACCUCAAGGUGAAUCCCAGCCGGCAGCUCUGACCUGUCUGAUCAGUGACCGAGACCUGACGCUAUUGGAGAAACUUGGAGACGGAUCAUUCGGCGUGGUGAAGAAAGCGGAGUGGCAUGCUCCAUCUGGACGAGUGUUGAAUGUUGCUGUAAAGUGCCUGAAGUCAGAUUUACUGGAUCAGACAGAAGGUCUGGAUGAUUUCAUCCGUGAGGUGAACGCCAUGCACUCCCUGAACCAUCAGAACCUCAUCCGCUUGUACGGCGUCAUCCUGACACACCCCAUGAAGAUGGUGACGGAGCUGGCUCCACUUGGCUCUCUGUUGGACCGGUUAAGGAAGCGACAGGGUCACAUCCUGAUCUCGGUGCUGUGCCGCUACACUGUGCAGAUUGCGUGUGGGAUGGCGUACCUCGAGUCACGGCGUUUCAUCCACCGAGACCUGGCCGCUCGAAACAUCCUGCUUGCCUCCAAUGACCUCGUCAAGAUUGGAGACUUCGGCCUGAUGCGGGCGCUGCCCAAAAACGACGACCAUUACGUUAUGCAGGAGCACCACAAAGUUCCGUUUGCCUGGUGUGCACCAGAGAGCCUGAAGACCAGAACCUUCUCUCAUGCCAGUGAUACCUGGAUGUUUGGUGUGACACUGUGGGAGAUGUUCAGUCACGGCCAGGAGCCAUGGCUCGGUCUCAAUGGCAGCCAGAUCCUCCAUAAGAUCGAUAAGGAGGGCGAGAGGCUGGUUAAACCCGAGGACUGUCCUCAGGAUAUCUACAACGUCAUGCUGCAGAGUUGGUCUCCAAAACCCGAGGACAGACCGACGUUCGUGGCUUUGAGAGACUUCCUCGUGGAGACGAUGCCGACAGACAUGAGAGCACUGCAGGACUUUGAUGAACCAGACAAACUGAAGAUCCAUGCCAAUGACGUCAUCACCAUCAUCGAGGGCAGAGCGGAGAACUACUGGUGGCGAGGUCAGAACCGACAAACUCUGAAGGUGGGUCAGUUUCCCAGGAACGUGGUGACGUCUGUAGCUGGCCUUUCUGCCCAUGACAUCAGCAGGCCUCUUAAACACAGCUUCAUCCACACGGGUCACGGAGACACCGACCCUCACCGCAGUUGGGGCGCUCCUGAUAAAAUCGAUGAUAUAUACCUGGGGAACCCUAUGGACCCCCCUGAUGUUCUUGGGAUGGAUCCAAAUGCUGACAGACCCACUAAAUUACCAAACCGCUCCAAAAAGCAACCUCCUCCUCGUCCUCCUCAGCCAGCCAUUCUUCUAAAGAAGCCUUUCUAUGACUCCGUGAUUGAUGACAAUGAUGAUGACGACGAUGAUCUGAUAGUCACCGGGUUGAAGAAGUUUGCUCUGAAAGCACCAUCAUACCUCGGGCUACGCCUUCGUCCAUGGGAGAACUCAGACCCAGCAGAUCACCUCAGUGAGGUCUCGCUUAUCGACUUUGGAGAUGAUAGUUUCAGCUCCACAUCGCCUUCCCCCAUUACGGAGACUCCCGCCCCCAAAUCCAUUCUAUCUGAAGCCUCCAUCCUGGAUUCUGGCCCUCCACCAAGCCCAUACCGCAGUUUGCCGAACCCUCUCCACCCAACCCCCGUGGUGGACUGGGACUCCCGGCCACUGCCUUCUCUCCCUGCAUAUGACGAAGUGGCUUUAGAGUGUGAGGAGCAGGAGGACGUGGAGGUCCGCUCCAUAAAUGCUGUGAAGACUGACAAUCCAGGCCAGCAAUAUUAUGACAGUGUUGAAGGAGAUUUCGAUCCCAAGUGCAAAGUGGAAGACGAUCUGUUCCUUCCAUCUAAACCUGCUUCGGAGAACAGGUCCACCUCGCAAUCAGCUGACAUCUUCAAGGAGUUACAGAGGGAGGUCAUGGCGAAGUUGCGUGUGCCAGCGGCGGUGCAAUCAAUGCCCUCAUCACCCCUCUUACCACACCGCCAAAUCAUCCUGCCAUCCUGUGAGGACAAGCCCCAGAUCCCACCCAGGCUUCCUAUCCCGCCAACACGGCCUUCCAGACGGACACGCGCCAGACUUUCUGUCUCUUUGGGUGAUGAUGAGGAGAGACCUCAGCCUCCUCAGAUCCCUCCAAGAGACCACGCUAUGUCCCAACCCAGCUCGCGAUCCCCCAGUCCCAUGAUCUCCACUCAGCAGAGACCAAUUCUUUGCUGUGUCGGGUCUCUGGGAUCUUGCCUCUCCCCUUCAUCGUACUCCUACGCUCCAUCCACUACCCCUUCAAAGCUCACGCUUAGUCCCAGUAGAGUCAACUACAGUUCCCAGAAUUCCACUUCCUCCACCAAUAUAGACCAGACUCGAGCCAAGAGCCCCUGCAACCUACCAAUUAUGAACGACACCACCAAGGCCAGCAGCACUCACUACUACCUGCUUCCUGAGAGGCCAGCAUAUCUCGACAGAUACAGGUCUGUGAAAGAUUCCGAGCAAAACAAAGAGCGACGGACCAACAUGGCGACCGUUAGACCCAUGGUGCAGCAGCAGGCCACCAAGCCCAAUAUCACCUCCAACCCCAGCAGCAGCAGCUCUCAGAGCUCAGCAGCACUCAACACUUAUAGCAGUGUGAAACAGGUACAGGAAGCAGUCCAUGGAGUGACAGUAGAGGAGUGUCAGACAGCACUCCAGAGUCAUGGCUGGAACAUCCAGAAGGCUAUUGAGUACCUAAAGGUGGAACAACUGUUCCGUCUGGGUCUGAAGACUCGGCUUGAGUGUGUGGAAGUUCUGCAGAGGUGCAGCUGGAACCUGGAGCAUGCAAGCACCCAGAUGCUGGACUCAUACGGACCGUCCAGACAAAGAUACUAAACCCAGUGUUGAGGAUGAACACAGCGCCCCCUUCUGUCCACUGAGAAUCACAUGAUAUUCAUCUAAAGCUCAUCCUGCUUUCCAUAUGGGUGCAUUAUAACUCUUGAUUAUUUGUCGACUGUUGCAGGACUGUGAAUAGCUCAUUACUGCUUCUGGCUGGAAAAAAAGUGAACCAUGCUGACGUUUAAGAAUAUAGUUUUUAUUUUUUUGAGAAAGUGGUUGUUUUAAACGGGAAACCGGUGGUUUGGUUUGGUUUGAAAAGUGGUUGUUGCGGUUCAGCUUGGUGUUAAUUUAGCGCUGCACUUAAAUCAGGUUCUGCAUUUAAUGUUUCUAUUUAAGAGCUCCAUGGGUUAUUAUUGAAGCCGUGUUUUAUAUUUAUCGAUGUAUGAAGCAAAGAAGUAAAAACAAAUAACUGUCGCUGUAUUUAUAUUUAUUCGCUUUGAAUGUGUGAAAUAUUUAUGCUAUAUAAAUUCUGAGUAGUUUAUUUAUUGAAGAAACAGGGACCUCAUGAUGAAUGUCUGAAUGUUAUUCAUUAAUGCAGUGGAAUAUUUAGUAGUUUUGCUUUAGCAUUCCAUCAUCAGCCUUGAAGUUUAUUUUAUGUGCCAUGGAUGGUGUUAAAAUAUAAAUACAUGCGAUUCGUUCCUUAAUUUCUUCAUUCAUGUUUAAUAAGCUACCAAAGAUGUGUAAUGUUUGUUGAUGUCCGUAGUGUCGCACUCCAAGUUUUCAGUUCAGGCCUCGUUCAUAAACAUUUCAUGGAACUUAAAAGGUUCCACAUGAACAAAAAUAAUCAUAAUCAGAUUUAUAAAACCAUGUGUAUGCCACCUAGUGUAAGACCAUGUCAACAAGCUUUCAGUA